CCCCACUAGAUCCCGAGGAGGUCACGUGAGGAGCUCUCACGGCUGCGUCAGCUGAUCUCGGCUGAGCUGUGGCAGCGGCGGCGGCGAUGGACUUUCUGCUGGGCAACCCUUUCAGCUCUCCCGUGGGCCAGCGUAUCGAGAAAGCUACUGAUGGCUCACUGCAAAGCGAAGACUGGGCUCUCAACAUGGAGAUCUGUGACAUCAUUAACGAGACAGAGGAAGGGCCCAAAGAUGCCUUUCGGGCCAUAAAGAAAAGGAUUGUUGGGAAUAAGAACUUCCGUGAGGUGAUGCUGGCUUUGACAGUUCUUGAAACAUGCGUCAAGAACUGUGGCCACCGUUUCCAUGUGCUGGUUUCUAGCCAGGACUUUGUAGAAGGUGUGCUGGUCCGAACCAUCCUCCCGAAAAAUAAUCCACCCACCAUUGUACAUGACAAAGUGCUGACCCUCAUACAGUCUUGGGCAGAUGCAUUCCGCAGCUCACCUGACCUGACAGGAGUGGUAGCUGUAUAUGAGGACCUGAGAAGAAAAGGUCUAGAGUUUCCCAUGACUGACUUAGAUAUGCUGUCACCCAUCCAUACACCACAGAGGACUGUGUAUACCUCAGAUUCCCCAUCAGGGCAAAACUCACCAGCUGUGGAUUCCUCUCAGACAGUAGAGUCUAUCUUGCAUCCUGUGUCGCUGCCAGUAGCCCCAGGAGCUUCAGCCGAGGCUCCUAUUGUACCUACUCCAGAGCAGAUUGGGAAGCUACGCAGCGAGCUGGAAGUUGUAAACGGGAAUGUGAAAGUGAUGUCCGAGAUGCUGACAGAGUUGGUGCCAGGGCAGACUGAGACCUCUGACCUGGAAUUGCUGCAGGAACUGAACCGGACGUGUAAAGCGAUGCAGCAGCGGGUUCUGGAAUUGAUCCCCCGUAUCCUCAAUGAACAGCUAACGGAGGAGCUGCUCAUUGUCAAUGACAACCUCAACAAUGUUUUCCUGCGUCAUGAACGGUUUGAACGGCUCCGAUCCGGACAGCCUACUAAGCAACACAACAAUACAGAAAAUGCAAGCAGUUUGAUUGACAUGGUGCCUAGUGUUACUCCAGCAGGGAAUGAAUCUGAGGCUCCCAACUCUCUUUCAACUCAGCUUGCAGGAAUGAAUCUAGGUUCUGGCAGCGUCAGUGCAGGGUUGCAGUCGCUUGAUCAUUCUGGCAAACUGGAAGAAGAGUUUGACAUGUUUGCACUGACCCGUGGCAGCUCCUUGGCUGACCAACGCAAAGAGGUGAAGUAUGAAGACCCUCUGGCCACCAAAGGACUAGCUGGAGCCUUGGAUGCCAGGCAGCAGAAUACAGGAGCUCUGGAGCCAGAAGCCCCGAUCUCAGAUUGGAUGAUGCAGCAAGGAAUGAUUCCUGUCUCCCAAGGUGCCCUCAUGGAAGAUAUUGAGCAGUGGCUCGGCACUGAUAAGGCUGAGGAUUCGAAAGGUGUCACCAGUGAAGAGUUUGACAAGUUCCUGGAAGAGCGAGCAAAGGUAGCAGAUCGGCUGCCCCUGCUUUCCAAUCCCCCCGCUGGAGCUCCUUCCCCUCCAACCAGCUCCGACCCUCACCGGAAGAAAGAGAAGGAAGACGACACGAUGUUUGCUUUAUAGCCACCCUACAGACUGGUGUGCUGUGGCUUCAAGAGGACCUGUGUGCUGCACUGCUCUCCUCCUCCAUGGGGAGGAGGGGCAAGGGAGGAGUGAUGGGGGCAGGGGGCCCUCCCUCUCUCCUUCCCUCCUGCCUCCCUUACUAGGCUGCUUUGGGGUUACGUUAAUCACUGCUGCAUCUGGGGACUUGAGAGAGAGAGAGAGAGAGAGAAAAGAAAGUGGUGGGAAGAGUUUGCAGAGAUGCCAAAUGCCUUGUCAAGAGGAGUUGGGUGGAUUUUGGAUUUCUCCUGUGUGGUUGAAGUAAGUAGUUUUCUUCUCCCUCAGUCCCCCCCCCCUCCUUUUCCCCCCAGUGAAGUGACUGUAAAAGCCAAGGUAGUUCCUAUCCAUUCCGCAAGCAGCUGCAUUUAGUUGUGAAAGUGGGCACCUCCCCUUCCACCUGCUUUCUCUGUCCUCUGUAUUUUUUUCCUCCUGUGGCUGAAUUGGAAUCAUGGACACUGUUUACAAUGACAAGAGAGCUGUUUUGAGUAGGCCAGUGCUGCCUGCAGGUUUCUGCUACACUUCCUCCCUAUUGUGCAAGAACCUCCUGAAUGUAUCUGCCGGCAUUGAGCAUCCUGCCAGCAGGCCAUACAAGUUUACCAUCGGCAGCACAGGUGUCCUUUUCAUGGCAGGCGAGGCAUCGCUGGUACCAGAACCUUCCAAGACCUGUCUUCGAUGCUAGACCUAUCUAGGAAGCAGACUCUCUUUUGAAAUGACCUCACUGAUCAUGGCUUCUCUCCCUUCUCUAUUGCCGUUCUCUUAAUGCUUCGCUGUAUCACCCAUCCCUCUUCAAACAGAGGGCCUGGGGUUCUUUUUGGUGUAUUAGAACACUAUAAGGAAACAGCAUUCACUGUGUUACAAGAUUAGGAGGUGAGCAGCUUGUUCGGGAUGAAAUGCUGAAUAUUCCAUGUACUUGGGAGACUUGCCUUUUAUAUUACAUAUUAAAUAAAACACCUAUGGACCUCA